GUGUUUACAUUGUACUGUAGCUUUUUCAAGUGCAAGAUUGUGUCAUUUUAUACUCGGGGGGGAGGGGGGGGGGGGGGUUCUGCUUCUUGUAUUGACAAAGUAAAAGCACCUGCUCAGCAUGAACGCGGCCCGCCGGGGAGGGCGGCGGUAACCCGCGGCAACCAGCAUUGUGUCAACAGAAAUCUUGGAGCGGCCACUUGACGCUGCCAUUGGCUGGCCUGGCCAAUGAAUGACUUGGGCACUUCGAAUACCUCAAUGUAUUAUGCAUGUGCCAUCACCUUGCGGAGGACUUGAGCUCAUUUUGCAGGUGAGUGACACGGAGAAAGGGAAGCUCCAAGUCCUGUCGCUAAAAGGAAGAUUUUUAGGCAUGGAGAUGACAGAGUCAUACGUUCGACCCAAGACGGCCCACUUCCUGCCCGCCAUCUCCACCAUGGCGUCCAGCUACCGAAACACGCAGCCUGCAAGCCACAACACCAACCAGUUGAGAAACAGCAGCUACGACAAGAACGAUGGCACCAUCCCCACUUUACAACAAGGCAUUCCGGAUCUCCUCCGCACAGUCACCAUGUCCUACCCAGCUGACCGGAGCACACUGAGCACCCGUUACACACCCGACGAUUGGUUCAAGUCCAACCAGGGCAACUACCGCCAGUCUGAGGCGUCUCGCCACAGCGCAGAGCGGCUGCGGCGUGACACCAUGCGCCUGAUCCAGGACAAGGAGCAGCUGACGCGACGCAUGCAAGAGAACACCAGCAAGGACAUCGGCGAGCGCCUCAACGACAUCGCCUUCUGGCGCUCGGAGCUGAGCCAUGAGGUGGACAACGUGGCGGGAGAGACCGUGGCGUUGGCCGAGGUCAAGCGGCGGCUGGAGAGGGCCUUGGCUGAGACCGAGCGGCCCCUUCAGGUGUCACAGGAAUGUAUGUACCACCGCGACAAGCGCAUGGCCAUCGACCUGGUCCACGACGACGUCGAGAAAGACCUGAUUAAGGAAGUGGAGGUCAUAAAGUCCUGUCAGACAAGGAUGAAGCAACAUCUGGAGAGAGCCACGGCCCAGCUAGCGUUGAACCGCGCGGCGCAGCACGAGCUGGAACGAGACCUGAGCGACAAAGUGACGGCGCAGAGGAUAGACGGCCGCUGCCAUCACCUGAGGAACACGUCAGACGGCAUCGGCUUCUUCCGCGGCAUUGAACGACUCGACCCCUCGGUCUCACUGCCUGAGUCGUGGUCCAAGUUCACCGACAACAACGUGCUGCGCUCGCAGGGCCAGCGCGCCGCCUCCCGCUCCCGCAAACUGCGCGACGAGAUCGAGGCGCUGCUCAACGGCACCUCCAGCGAAAUGUGGAGCCAGUUCAACAACGUCAACGUGUCCUUCACCAGCCGCGUGGCACAGACGGCCGACGCCCGCAACAGCCUACAGGCGCACCUCGCCAAGACCCAGCAAGAGAUUUUCCAGACGGAGAUGCUCAUCGAGUCCCUGAAGAAAGCUCUGCGGGACAAAGACAACCCACUCAAGGUGGCCCAGACCAGAUUGGAGGAGCGCACCCGCCGGCCCAAUGUGGAGCUCUGCAGGGAUAACCCGCAUCACAGGCUAGUGGAGGAGAUUCGGGAGAUCGAAGACACCAUCCGCAAGCUGCAGGAGAGGUUGCUAGACGCCGAGAGCAGCCUGCAGUCUCUGCUGAGGACUAAAGUGACGCUGGAGCACGACCUCUCCAUCAAGGCCAACUCGCUUUUCCUGGACCAGGAGAAAUGCAUGAGCAUACGCAAGACCUUCCCCAGCGUACCGCGACUCACCGGAUACACUUGAACAAUAUUUAGUGGACACUUGAGCGACUUACUAGCCGUGCGGAAGGUGAUUGUGUGACAACGAAACAUGUGACUUGACAUUUUGGUGUGCGUUUCGUGAAAAAAAGAA